ACGUGAUCUAUAAAUGCGCGUUAUUUAGAGUAAUUUUAGCUGCAACAAAACAAGAUGUGGCCAGAAGCUCUGCCGGCUCUGGGGAUCAUAGCCGGAGCAAUCACGUUCGCAGGCGCAGGACUCCAUUUUCUCAACAGAUGGGAGCGCGGCGGGAAGAACAAGAGGUGGUCCGUUGACGGCUGGGACAGGCGAAUGAUGGCCCGAGACGCGAGAAUUACUGGCUCAAAGUACAAGCAACAGAGUCUAUGACACAGGACUUCACAUGCAUCAUCCCCAACACUGUGUGUCAUGGUACAGACUCAAACUUUAGCGAUAGAUGCAGCACUCUCAAAACCUGUAUCAUUCGUUUACGAGUGUGCCACCCUAAAUCUGAGAACUUCAGCGAUAAUAAUAUGC